AUGUCAAACGAGGACCAUAUUAUCCCUAAGGAAGCGGAGGAUGAAAACUACGAGGGUGAUGAAAUAAACCCUUCUCUUUUCCUGUUUGCCAAGUACAUCACCAUAUAUCUCCAGCCCGUCAUUUGUACUGCGGGGCUUCUUGGCAAUUUUAUAUCCUUCUGUGUGUUCCUGUCAAAAGGAAUGAGGAAAAUCUCGUCCAACUUAUACCUUGCGGCUCUAUCCGGGAGUAGUUUUGGUUUCAACGUGGUGCUUUUCUCCCAAUGGCUCGAGUUUGUGGACUUCCCAAUAUUUCACAUGCAGGUCUUCUGUCAGGCUAUCGUCUAUCUAGCCUAUAUAUUCAGUUUCCUGUCUGUUUGGCUGAUUGUGUGUAUAACAGUGGAAAAUUACAUCGUUACUUUCCAUUUAUCCAAGGCAGUCAUUUAUUGUACGGUUUUCCGUGCAAAACUUGUUAUUGGACUCCUGAUUACAUAUUCUGUGAUUCUCUAUUGCGGACAAUUUUGGACAACUAGUGCAAUUGAAGUAUCCGAAAACUACACAAUGUGUACUGAAGUCAACAAGUACGCACAACUUAACAGAAUAUAUUCCUUCUGGGAUACGAUAACAACAAUGGUUCUUCCGAUUACAAUCACUUCUGUUCUCAUUGUGGCUAUUCUCUCAAAAAAUCUCUGUGUGUCCAAAACGAUUGAUGGUAGGGAUAGUUCAAUAUAUAGACGUUUAUCGAAAAAACAGAAAUGCCUUGUAAGGAUAACAAGAGUUCUCCUCGCCAUUUCGCUCACAUUUGUCAUUUUAAGUGGGCCUACCCACGCCAACAAACUGAGACACCUGAUUCUAACUGAGCUGAACGGUGCUCAAAGACCAUACACGUUAUCAGACAGAAUUCUCCAGCAGAUCUUUCAAAUAAUUUACUAUCUAAGUUCUUGCCUUAACAUAGUGUACUACCUAACCUGGUCACACAAUUUCCGCAAAGAGAUCAGACGUCUUUUGUGUUUGAAACCAGAAAACUCGAACAGGGAAAUCCGAGGAAUUGAAAUGAGAAGCAAGACAAAGAGUAACAAUGAACCGAAACAGAUGGAGAACGAUGCCGGGAAUGGACAUCAAACGAUUGUUGACAAGUCAACAAAUCCCAAGUCACAGAUAACAAUGCUGUAA